GGACUCUUCCAUUGGGCCAGUCGUGCAUGUUUCAUUCGUGUUCUGUCCCAAACCUCUAGUACCUGCUUCUUUCUUUCCUCUUCCUCUUGCCUCUGCUGCUUCCUGGGAGAGAACAAGAAGAGGUUCUCUUGACACGAUCGCCAAUGGUGGCCAUUGCUACCGAGGCAUGGGCGCUUGCCGGAUGCAGCGCGGCGUCGAAGGCGGCGGCGCAGGAGUUGCCGGUGCAGCAGCUCCCUCCUGCGGCAGCAAACGGGGCCAAGAAAGCUGUGUCGUUCGUCAGCAGCAGCAGCGGAGGCCAGGGCCGGCGUGAGGCCGUCGUCGUCGGCCGGCGGAGCGGCCUGGCGUCAUGCGUGCUCGCCGCCCUCGCGGCCUCGUUCUCCCCGCUCGCCGCCGACCGGCCCGCGCGGGCCAUGGUUCUUGAGGCCGACGACGACAUCGAGCUGCUGGAGCGCGUGAAGGAGGACAGGAAGAAGCGGCUGGAGAAGCAAGGGAUCAUCAGCUCCUCAGGCACCGAGACUGGGUAUUUGCAGGACCUCAUCUACAAGUUGAGCAAAGUUGGGCAGGCCAUUGACAAGGACGAUCUUCCUGCCGCGAGCAGUGUCCUGGGUCCAAGUCCAGAUACCCAGUGGGUGCAGAACAUCAAUGCAGCUUUCUCCAAGUUCAGCUCAAGCCCGGAGGAGAGGAGCGUGGUUGAUAGCUUCAACUCCUCCUUGGCCUCAUUGUUCAAAUCAGUGAACAAGCUUGACGCUGAAUCCUCCAAGUCGGCGUUUGUGUCGUCAGCGACAGCGUUGGAGAAAUGGAUAGCGUUAGCCGGACUGAGUGGCCAGCUCAAAGGCUUCUGAUACGCAAGACGUACUGAUCCGGCACUUGUGAAUCUUCUAAAGAGGGUACCGUAAAUCCGUAACCAAUAACUGAGUUCAUUCAGACAAGCAUGCGAGAAGAAUGGCUACUGCUUCUGUUCGUGGAGAACAGCAACAUUCUCAUCAAGAAAUUGGAAUUAUUUGCGAUGUAUUGUCACGGUAAUAGGAAAUGAAGCAAAAGUUGCUUUUGUUUGGUUUCUAGUCUUUGUUUUACAAAUUCCAAGCAGCUGAUGGGCAGUUUUUAUCCUCGAAA